AUGCCCUCCGACUUCAUCACCACCAUCGACUCGGACGACGAGGAUGAUCUCCUCGUCCAGAAUGGCGAGUCCAGCAAGGGCCGUCCUACGCCCAACGGCAAGGCCCCAGCAACGGGCGGAAAGGGAAAGAUUGAUGAGGAUCUCAACCCCGAGUUUGAGUUUGACUUUGAUGGGCUGAGGAACGCGGAGAUUGACUUGUGGGGAGGAGAUGAGGUGAAGAAGAGUGGGAAGGGGGAUAAUGAGCCGAUUAGUGUGGAUGAUAUCAUUGCGAGGCGGACGGGGAGGGAGUUGAGGUCGUUUGGCGAGAAGAAGCGGAAGCGGUCUGGUGAGGACGAAGAGGAGGAGGAUAUGGAGGGAAGUGAGAGUGAAGAGGGGAGCGAUGACGAGGAAGAAGGGGAUUCAGAGGAGGAUGAGGGAGAGGAGGAGGGGGGUAUGGAGUCUGAUUUGGGGAUGGAGGUGGAUAGCGAAGACGAUGAGGAGGGAGACGAGGAUGAGACUGAUGACGGGGAGGUGGAAGAUCACGAAGGAGACGACGACGACGACGCGGAAUCCACCGAAGACAUCGCCGAGACGGCUCGUAAAGACGCCUUCUUCUCGUCUGAACCUACAGCGGACGACCCCACCCUCCCUUCCUCUUUCGCGAGUAUGAACCUGUCCCGUCCCCUCCUCCGCUCCCUCGCCUCUCUCAACUUCUCCGCCCCCACGCCUAUCCAAGCCCGCGCUAUCCCCCUCGCGCUCCUCGGGCGAGAUAUCCUCGGAUCGGCCGUCACCGGUUCCGGAAAGACCGCGGCGUUCAUGGUCCCCAUCCUCGAGCGUCUCACGUACCGCGAUCGCGGGCGGGGCGGGCAGGCGUGCCGAGUGCUCGUGCUCUGCCCGACCCGAGAAUUGGCGGUACAGUGCGAGUCGGUCGGGAAAGCCCUGGCGGAGCGAGGCGGGCUAGACGUCCGUUUCGCUCUCCUCGUCGGUGGUCUCUCCCUCAAUGCCCAAGCCCACACUCUUCGUACACUCCCCGAUAUCCUCAUCGCCACCCCCGGUCGACUCAUUGACCACCUCACCAACACCCCUUCCUUUACCCUCUCGGCGCUCGAUAUCCUCGUCAUGGAUGAAGCGGACCGGAUGCUCGAAGAUGGAUUCUCGGACGAAUUGUCGGAAAUCAUCCGUGCAUGUCCUAGAUCACGCCAAACCAUGCUCUUUUCGGCAACCAUGACGGACUCGGUCGAUGAGCUGGUCAAGCUUUCCCUGGACAAGCCGAUUCGGGUGUUUGUCGAUCCCAAGAAGAAUACGGCAGACAGUUUGACGCAGGAGUUUGUCAGGAUACGGACGGAUGAUAAUCGCGGUCCGGCGCUGUUGGCGCUGUGUAAGCGCACAGUGAGGGAGAAGUGUAUCGUCUUCUUUAGGAGCAAGGCGCUGGCGCAUCAGAUGAGGGUGGUGUUUGGGUUAUUGGGAAUGAAGGCGGCGGAGCUGCACGGGAAUUUGACGCAGGAACAGCGUCUCGCCGCGCUGAACGACUUUAAAGCUGGUAAAGUCGACUACCUGCUCGCUACCGAUCUCGCAUCUCGCGGUCUCGACAUCAAAGGUGUCGAAACCGUCAUCAACUACGAUAUGCCGGGGCAGCUCGCACAGUACACCCAUAGGGUCGGACGAACAGCCCGUGCUGGGCGUAAAGGACGAUCCAUCUCACUAGUCGGCGAGCCCGACCGAAAGAUGCUCAAACUCGCUAUUCGUCAAUCCGUAUCCACCCAAAUUCGACACCGUAUCAUCCCUACCGACGCCAUCACGGGUAUGUCUGCUAAAAUGGACGGACUCAAAGAGGAUAUCGCCGAUAUUCUCAAAGAGGAGAAGGAGGAGAAGGCGAUACGGCAGGCCGAGAUGGAGGUGAAGAAGGGGCAGAAUAUGGUGGAGCAUGAGGAGGAGAUUAUGGGGCGACCAAAGAGGGUGUGGUUCCAGUCUGAAAAGGAGAAGGCUGCAGCCAAGAAUACCGGCAAGGAAGGCUAUGUCCAGAAAUUCCCCGGGGCUGCACCUCCCGAGAAGGACGACAAGCCCAAAGUCAAGCGGGGGAAAUAUGACGGUCUUUCCCGCAGAGACAAGAGGCGGAAGAUGGCCAUGGAGGAGGACGCGGCCGAGCACCGCGCGUCGUCCCAGUCGGCUUCUAUCCGAGCGGCCAAGAAGCAGGCCCGGCCCCAGAAGAUUGGGAUCCCGAUUGCGCCGGCGCCCAAGGUCAAGUCGAAGGGAGGCAAGAAGCCAGCGAGACGGUCGGCGUUUGAUGAUAAGAAGGCAGGGGCGAGUGAGGGGAUGCGGGCCAAGCCGGGCGUGGGGGCCGUCAAGGGCAAGGGCGCGAAGAAAGCGGGUGGAGCAAAGGGGAAGCCGAAGGGGAAGAGAUAG